GCCCAGCCAAAAAUUGAAGUUCCUUCCUCUGUUUUGCUGUGCUAUGCCAUACCCUUUAUACUGUACCCACAGAGAGACGAGAGAGAGAGAGAGAGAGAGAGAGAGAGAGAGAGACGCAGAGAGAGAGAGUGUAUGUAUUCAGUAAUUUGGCAGCAACAGGAGGGAGCUUUUCAUUGCAGUGAUCUUUUUGUGUGCUUCGAAAGAGAAAGCGAUCAAAGAAGAAGACCAGAGGAGGGAGGAGGAGGAGGAGGAGGUUGAGAUAUACAGAGAGACUGACUCGAAGCUUUUGGAUAUUAUACAUAGAUAAGGAACAACCCAAAAGGAGGAGAGAAGAAAAAUGGCAAAACACAGUGUAUGUGUAUGAUGAGGGCAAAAGAGAUCUUCUUCUCCUUCGUCAUCUGAUCUUUUGGCUUUGGCCCCCCCGUCCCCCACCUUCCUUCCUUCCUUCAAUCUUUCUUCCUGUAACGAAACAAGGGAUCAAAAUAGGCCCUUUUGAGAUUCAACAAUGGUGACCGGGUGGAGGAGGGCUUUCUGCACAUCCAUACCCAAGGAAGAUCGCGACACCAAACUCUUCUCCUCCGACAAGCACCAGCAGCCCCGGAAUCAAACCAAGACCUCCAGCAACAGCAGCAGCAAUUUUAGCAACCCCAGGAUAUCGUCCAAGUUCGGGUUUUUCUCCACUCCUUCCACGCCCCGGCUCCGGUCCCAGCCCCCCGUCUCCAGCCCCAGCCUCCGGUGCCGCACUGCCGCUGCCACGGCAGCCUCCGCCUCCGUGCCCAACAGCCCCAAGCUCCAGUGCAAGACCGCCCCCGCUCCCACCCCGAAGAAGAGCAGCAGCGCCACCAAUAGCCCCAGACUGUUCCACCUCUCUUCUAGCAAUCCUACGUCCCCCAAGUCCCCCUCCAGCUUCUCCCUCCUCAGGGCCAGCCUCCGCCUUUCCAGGACGAGAUGUGGGAUCUGCCUGCAAAGCGCGAAGGCAGGGCAGGGCACGGCCAUUUUCACGGCAGAGUGCUCCCACACGUUUCACUUCCCCUGCGUUGCCGCCCACGUCAAGAAGCACCGCAUCCUCGUCUGCCCGGUGUGCAGCACCACGUGGAAGGAGCUCCCGCUGCUCGAUGACUCCAGCUACUCCCCGAAGACACAGAGCCGCCCCAAAUUGGACCCAAAGGCAGCAAAAGGCAGCUCCAACGCCAAGCCUUUGCGGGCGUACGAUGACGACGAGUCUCUGCUCUCUCCGAGCUCGGUGUCAAGGUUUAAUCCGAUCCCCGAGUCUGAUGAGAGUAACGAGGAUUCGCAACAGGAUGAGCCCGUGGAGUUUCAGGGCUUCUUUGUCGGCUCUGCUGCUUCCCCUGUUUCACCUAUGUCGAGGCCGCCGAGGAACAAUUUGGAAGUGAGUUUGCUGCCGGAAGCGGCGAUAGUUUCAGUAAACAAGAGCUACGUGACGUACGCCGUCGUUCUGAAGGUGAAGGCACCACCGGCCUUAGGCAUUGGGUCCCCGCCGAGGGCGCCGGUCGAUCUGGUGACCGUUCUGGACGUGAGCGCGUGCAUGAACGGCGACAAACUCCAUGUUAUGAAACGCGCCAUGCGACUGGUCAUAUCCUCCCUCUCGGACACCGAUCGCCUGUCCAUCGUCGCCUUCUCGGCCACCUCAAAGAGGCUACUCCCUCUGAGGCGAAUGAACGUCCACGGCCGGAGAUCCGCGCGCAGGAUCGUCGACGCCAUUGGGUGCACUGGCCAGCACGCCUCCGUGAACGACGCGCUCAGGAAGGCCGCGAAGGUUCUAGAGGAUAGGCGGGAGAAGAACCCUGUUUCCACGAUAAUGCUCCUAUCCGACGGCCAUGACCAGCGCAUCCACGCCACCGCCGCCGCCCAAAAGCGGUCAUAUCCCCUCGUGACUUCCACACGAAUAGGCGACGUCCCGGUCCACGCCGUCGGCUUCGGGGCCGGCGCUCGAUCGGCACAAGAGGAGGCUUUCGCAAAGUGCCUGACGGGGCUACUGAGCGUGGCAGUGCAGGACCUGAGACUACAGCUCGGGUUCAUUUCGGGAUCCGACCCGGCGGAGAUCACCGCCGUCUACUCCCUCAUCGGCAGGCCGUCGGCUCUCGGGUCGCGUCUCAUCCGGGUGGGAGACCUCUACGCCGACGAGGAGCGGGAGUUGCUCGUGGAGCUGAAGGUCCGGGACUUGGCAAGUGGGUCCCACCACGUGAUGUCGGUAGGGUCCUCGUACAAGGACCCACCGUCUCAGGAGUUCGUGUACUCGAAGGAGCAGCCGGUUCCCGUCCCGCGACCGCAGGCCGUCAGAUCGCCGAGCAUCCAACGGCUGAAGAACCUCCACGUGACAGCAAGAGCGAUAGCCGAGUCCCGGCGGUUGGUCGACCGAGGCGAUCUGUCGGGAGCUCACCACCUUCUCUCCUCAGCUAGAGCCCUCCUAGUGCAGUCCGGGUUGGGGUGCGGCGACGAGUUCCUCCGCUGCUUGGAGGGCGAGCUGACGGAGCUGCAGAAGGCCCGGCAGGCGGCCCAGAGGCAGAGGAUGGAACGACGGGAGGGUACCCGGGCUGAGGAGAAGACGGAAGCGCUAACGCCGACGUCGGCAUGGCGGGCUGCGGAGCGGCUGGCUAAGGUGGCGAUCAUGAGGAAGUCGAUGAAUAGGGUUAGCGAUCUGCACGGCUUCGAGAAUGCCAGAUUUUAGUUUAGAUUUGUUUAUGUUUAUGUUUAUUUUUAAUUCUUGUCAAUUUCCUGAAAAUUCUGAAAUUGUAAUGUUGGGUAAAUACAAACGAUGAAUGAAUAUAAAAAAUAUAUAUAUAUAUA